CCGCCGCGUUUUAUGCAACCAGUCUUGCUUUGGAGCGAGCGAAUCCACUGCUCUGACUUUUGACAGACGGGGUAGCGUGUGCAGUGCCAUCGGUAUUGUCUGUCUGUCGUCCGUCGGCCGUUUCUCAGCCGUAUCGUGCGUACGUACGAUUGGUAACGUGCGUGCCCGCGGCUUUCCGGCGGGUAUAUACCGGCGCUAUAAUCAGGUUUUGAGACAAGUCGCGACGGGGCCUACCUUGACGAGAACCUGACAUAAUAUCGUACACUGUCUGUUUUUCUGUGCGCGCUUAUUUUGCCGGCGUGACGAACGAGCGAGCGAAUGAGCGGAUUCAGCGUGGCUUGAACGGCAACCCUUGAGGCGGUGUCGACAGUACCCGAUAUCGUAUCGCUUCGCAGAGUUGCGCCGCCCGUACGAUUCACGAUCGCACCCCAUAGUGGUACGGUGUGGGCUCGUGGUCCGUCGACGAAGUGUCAGUGCGACGACGGUCGGUUGGUGUGCUGACACACGGGUGCAUUAUCCACAACUGUGUGUGCGUGUAUAUGUGCGUGACGUGUGCGUAAAGGCAAGAGACCGACGGUGAGCGCACGAGAUAAAGAGAGAGAGAGAGGAACGGGGCGACAGCGAUGCGGCCGUGAAUCCUCUAUACGUGGCUACGCUCACGCCGCGCGACACGAUACAAAUACAACGAUAACGAUAACGAUAACGACGACGACGACGACAACGACAUCGGCCGGGAGACUGCGGUUGGAGCGACAGAGAAAGGCGCGUUCUCGCACGCGCUGCGAAUUAUCACGUAUUCGCGUAAUUGCGACGCGUCUUCUGACAGGUUCCUAGCUCGGUCGACUUCCUCGACCUCUUCCUCGUCGUCACUAUGGCGGACGACGAGGUUCUCUUCGACGAUGUUUACGAGCUCUGCGAAAUUAUCGGCAAGGGACCAUUCAGCGUCGUUCGGAAGUGCAUUCAUCGUCAUACUGGGCAGAUUUUCGCUGUAAAAAUAGUCGAUGUUGCGAAGUUUACUUCUAGUCCUGGGCUCAGCACUGCAGAUUUGAAACGAGAAGCUACAAUAUGCCAUAUGUUGAAACAUCCACAUAUUGUGGAACUACUGGAAACCUAUAGUUCCGAGGGCAUGUUAUACAUGGUAUUUGAAUAUAUGGAUGGCUCUGAUUUAUGCUUCGAAGUGGUGAGACGAGCAACUGCUGGAUUCGUAUACAGCGAAGCAGUUGCUAGUCACUACAUGCGACAGAUCCUUGAAGCAUUGCGUUACUGCCACGAGAAUGACAUUAUUCAUCGCGACCUGAAGCCGCAGUGCGCUCUUCUAGCUGGCAAGGAAAAUUCCGCCCCGGUGAAGCUGCGCGGCUUUGGCGUCGCUGUGCAACUCCCGACCUCGCAGUCCAAUGGCGUUGCAUGUUACACGACCGAGUAUCGGCAGUGUCUGAGCCCAAAGGGGCAGCUCUACUUGAAGGCCGACAGCGAGGGUCGUGUCGGAUGUCCGCACUUCAUGGCGCCGGAAGUUAUUCAGCGGCGACAAUAUGGGAAACCCGGUGAUGUCUGGUCGGCCGGCGUAUUGCUCCACGUUCUGCUAACUGGUACCCUCCCGUUUGUCGGAUCUCGAGACAGGCUGCGAGAAGCGAUCUGCCGCGGCCGGGUACAGAUGGAGACACCACUCUGGGAUCCCAUCAGCGAGCCGGCAAAAGACCUCAUACAGAGAAUGCUCACGACCGACGUAAAUCAUAGGAUCACUAUCCAGGAAGUUCUCAACCACAAGUGGCUUAGAGAUCGUGAUAAGGGUGCAGCUCGUAUACACUUAGCUGAUACUAUAGAAGAGCUUAAGAAAUUUAAUGCAAGGCGAAAAUUGAGUAAUGCUGUAAAAGCGGCCAUCUCUUCGUCGAAAUGGCAUGCUCCAUAUUCAGACGCUAAUGGUGACAAUUUCUCCGAUGUCGGCGAUGAUGAGAUAACAACAGGAGCUGUAGCCGAAAUUCUCGAUUCCUUGGAUGACAUUGAAAUCCUUGAAGAAAGUGAUAGAUUGAUGCGGACAGAAGUUCUCCACGCAGUUGAUGAUCACCGGCUUCGAGCAAUUUUAGAGCUUUAUGACCGAAUCUCAGCACGCGUACCAACACCGUACCGAGCACCGCAGACGGAUGCGGUUCAACGCGCUCGGGAAGUCGAAGAGAUCCUUCGAGAAGCAGAGCAUUCGGCGGUGCGAAAUAUCGAUAGAGCCGAUCUUCGAGAACUUCACGAAUUAUUGGUUCAGCCGCACAUGAGGGCACUUUUACAAGCGCACGAUGUUGCCGGCCACGAGGUCUACGGCGAGGAAGCCACCAGAGUAACACCACCGCCGCUUCUCACGUAUCUGAAUGGUGGCGACGACCUCGAAGGACAAAACGGUGAUUUAGACGAGAAAAUCACUCGCGUCAGACUGGUGCAGUUUCAGAAGAACACGGAUGAGCCGAUGGGAAUCACCCUAAAAAUGAACGAGGACGGACAAUGCUUUGUUGCACGGAUUAUGCAUGGUGGGAUGAUCCAUAGACAAGCCACUCUUCAUGUUGGUGACGAGAUCAGAGAGAUCAAUGGUAUACCGGUUCAGAAUCAAUCCGUUAAUUCCUUGCAAAAGAUUCUGCGGGAGGCACGAGGAUCUGUAACUUUCAAGAUCGUGCCGUCGUACAGGAGCGCGCCGCCCCCCUGCGAGUUGUUCAGGAUUAAGCCUCUGCCAGUGUUAAUUUUCGUUCGAGCACAAUUCGAUUACGAUCCACUGGAGGACGAACUGAUACCUUGCGCGCAGGCUGGGAUCGCCUUUAAGACCGGUGACAUUCUGCAAAUCAUCAGCAAGGAUGACCAUCACUGGUGGCAAGCGCGGAAGGAUAACGCGGCUGGUUCCGCGGGUCUUAUCCCUUCGCCCGAACUUCAGGAAUGGCGCAUCGCCUGCAUGUCUAUGGAGAAGAACAAACAAGAACAAGAUGCUGAAGGAGAAGGUGGAUGUUCUUCUCACACCGAAGGCUGCGACGGUUCGACAGUAAAUUGCUCAAUAUUCGGCCGGAAAAAGAAGCAAUACAAGGAUAAAUAUCUUGCAAAGCACAACGCCGUUUUCGACCAGCUGGAUCUGGUGACCUACGAAGAGGUCGUGAAGCUUCCUUAUCCUGCCUUCCAACGGAAAACUUUAGUAUUAUUGGGAGCACAUGGCGUCGGUCGACGACAUAUAAAAAAUACGAUUAUUUCCAAGCAUCCCGAUAAAUACGCCUAUCCUAUUCCGCAUACAACGAGGCCUCCACGAAGCGAUGAAGAAAAUGGUCGUAAUUAUUAUUUCGUAUCGCAUGAUGAAAUGAUGGCAGACAUAGCCGCUAAUGAAUAUCUCGAAUAUGGUACACACGAAGACGCUAUGUAUGGAACUAAGCUCGAAACUAUUCGUAAAAUUCACGAAGAAGGCAGAAUGGCCAUAUUAGACGUUGAACCGCAGGCAUUGAAAGUUUUACGAACUGCUGAAUUUGCACCUUACGUUGUCUUUAUAGCUGCACCUGCAUUUGCAAAUGUUACGGAUUUCGACGGUAGUCUGGAACGAUUAGCGAAGGAAUCGGACAUGCUGAAGCAGGCAUACGGGCACUUCUUCGACCUGACCAUCGUGAACAACGAUCUCGACGAAACGAUCGCCCAACUGGAGGCCGCGAUCGAGCGCGUGCACACGACACCUCAAUGGGUGCCCGUUUCUUGGGUCUACUGACAGCGGUCUUCGCCGAUUCGUCAGAUCACUACUAUGGACUGCAACGGCUCAUCGAGGAUGAAGCAGUGAUCGCUAGCACCAUAACGGCCAUCGGCUCGUCGCGAUCCAGCCUCUCGUCGCGAAGAUCUGACGGUGACGCCAACAGCUGCCGGCAUCCGACAGGAAUGCGCCGCGGGCAGUUAUGUCGAACCAUUCGGAUAUAUACCAAAAAAACGUACUCGACGCCGAUCGACUCGACGGUGAAACCAUCGACUGGAGUGCGUGAAUGAUGGCCGUGUGUUCAUGAAGUUCUUUCCAUCUCGCUGCGUAGUUGUUAUCAGUCGCGGGACACGAGGGGAAAUUAGCGACGUGUCGGAAUCGUCCUGAUAUCGAUGAGCGUCGUCGCCACGUCCAUCAUCGAGACCUCGGACCUUUCAAAAAUGUGGAACGCGCUUUCAUCGAGCAUGACAAAAUCAGUGAUGAUAAUCACGUCACAAUGCGUCUGAAGACGGACGCCUUCUCGCGGACCACCAACUUCUCCUGCACUUCCUUCUCCUUUUGUUCCCCUUCUUUCUCUUUUUCGAAACUACGAAAAUAAAGGGAUAAACAAAAAACCAAUCAGCUGGAACUCCUCUUGAACGAGACUACUAUAUACGAAUGCAUGUCUUUCUCUCUAUUCUGUACAAUUUGUCGCAUUCCUGGCACGGUUUCAGCGAAUCUCUCACAUGAAUUCCUCACGACUUGCAAUCACUCUAGAGGCAGUUGUUUACGACGCAUGUGCAGAGAUGCGGCGACAACAAGCACCAAAGAAAAUAUCCUGUUUACGGAAAAUCAAACAAAAAACAAUGGCCGUUCAUACUUCACGCGGAUAUACUUCAUGCGUUAAUCGAACGGCUGUAUCUUCGUAUCCUACCUAUCCUGCGAAAUCUAUCAGUCGACUUUCCAUAAACUGUAAUUGCCUCCUACCGUACUUUAUUAUAACUAUUUAAACGAAAAAAGCUAGAGAUCGUGCGGCACGGCAGUGCCCGUAAAUAUACAUACAUAUAUAGACGACGAUCAAAGACGAGGGUCCUAUCGUAAUAAUCGAAACCCGUCUGACACCGUUCAACCGAAAAAAGGGAGAGAAAAAAAGAACAUGAACUCUGGUGUGCUGCCGGCCGUCCGUCAUUUAAUUGUAACUUUAAGCAGUAGAGAACUUCGCCGGUUUCGUCUUAGUACUUCUACUAAUAUCUAACGAGUGUUCAUCUCUUGUCGCAGGGAUCCUACUGCGACAAAUCUACGCGUAUGCUACGAGCGCUUUUUACGUUCAAUGCCGUCUUUUCUAUCUUUCUCUUUAUCGCGUCUUCUUUUAUUUUAUUUGCCUCUCUAUUUCUAACUACCCACCGAGUUUUUUUCCUAUUUUCGAAUAAUCGAGGCCGCCGUUGGAGCGGAACGGCUCGCUCGCUCCCUCGUUUGACCGUGCACUCGCCCAUGUCAUUGCCAUUUGUCGUUAUUGUUCACGAAACAUUAUUAGCUCAAAUAUUCACUGAAGCACCACCGAGAUUGCGACGCUCUUAUACUCUGUACAGGAGAAGUCCGGAAUCGAACCGCACCUCUCGGACGAAUGCACGGACGGCGGAUAUCGAUCUGGCAGCGAGAAUUCUACGCUCUCACUCGAAAGAACUUGUAUGCGAUUAUUAAGUUGAUACAUGACACAUAUACACACGCUCCACACAUAUAUACAUAUAUACACAUGGGCUCAUAUGUCAAAACUACAAUGCCACUCUGUUUGCAUUACUUACACCCUCGUACAAAAGCGCAUAAGAUCGAAUGACGAAGUAACAAAAUAAAAAAAAAACGCGGUUUACUAUAGGAUAUUUAUAAAACGUAAAUUUCAAAUAAAUAGAUAGUCUACCAGCUAUAUGAAAUAAUAAUGAGGAGAGACAGUCUCGCGCAGAAAGACACAUACAUACAUGCACAUGCGUCUAUACACGUACAAGUUUAUUAUACGCCACGCGCACAUACACGCACAUCUACCCACUCACAAUUUACACUCAUACACGCACGCACAUAAAAACGUACGCGCAUGUACGCAAGCAGUGCGCGCGAGUGCAGAUUUACAAGAUACAGAUUUAACGACUAGAUAAUUAAUAUAUUUACAAGUGAUUAAAGAAAAAAAGAUUAAAUGUAUGACUAAUUAAUACUAAAAGAAUUAUUAGGAGACUAAUAGGUGAUUUGCAUAUGCAUAUGCCCGUAGAACGAAGGAGUGAAUGUGUGUAUACAUGCAGGCGCGAUGUGAUAAUUUAUUGAUAACAACUUCGGCUCACAUCAUGGAUCUGUUCGGUCUUUCGUCGAGCAGCCUUCCUCGCCUUCCUUGUCGCUGCAAUGAUCUCGAAAAAUACAUAUAUAAGCGAACUUGAGCGCGCAUCUUACUCCCCCGGAGUGCGUUCUUCCUAUUCUGCACGCUGAGCGAUCACGGCAGGAUGACACGCGAGUUAGUCGUGUAGCAAAAACAUACUCGAUUAUUAUAUAUUUCAGAAACGCAAACGACGGGGAGGUCAAGAAUAUCGCGCCCGCGAGAACCGAUGACGUUAAUACCGAACAGAACUGAUUUUCACAGAGCCAGAUAUGAAUUUGUUUGUGAGUAAUAGGACACUCGCGAGAGAAAAGCAAAAAAAAAAAAGGAUUGCCCGCCUCGGUGUGAUAGCGUACGUAUGUGUAAAAUGUUGUGAAAGCGCGAGGAGAAUGAGUCACAAGUGAUUUUGUAAUAUUUCUUAUAAGUUGUAGCUGCCAUAUCCAGUAAUUAAGUACUAGGUGCGUUGAGUGAUAAUCUGACGACGACUGUUAUGCUAAUGAUAAUGAUGACGAUGCUGUUGAUGAUGAUAAUGGUGAUCGUGCGUACCGUCGCACGUGUGUGUCAGUUAAUUUGGGUGAGUUGUGCUAAGAUGUUGAGAUAGACGACGGGUCUAAAGAAAACAAUAACAAGUUCAUUACAAUUAUGUAAUUAUAAAUAAGAGGAAGAGACGAAGAGUAUUAUAACACGUUGUUAAUUGAAUUAAUAAAAUUAGCCCAAAGUAA